AGAGAAUCUCGCGAGAACUGACAAAACAGCAUGGCGGCCGACAAGGCAGACGAAGAGCAGAACCACAGCGGAAUCCCCAAGGCAGACUUUGUGGAAGAUGUUGAAAACUUCAUGAAAAAUUCUGAGAACAAUGAGGCUGCUGAGUCUGUUCUGAAACGAUUCGACGAGCAACAUUGCAAAUACAAAUUCAUGGAUUACAACCUGAAUACAAAGAAAGCUCGGUUGAAGACUCAAAUACCAGACAUAAAAACGUGCCUCGAUAUUGUUAAGCAUUUACAAUCAAUAAAGGAUUCCAAAGAGCCAUUUGAAACCCAAUUCUUAUUGUCUGACUUGUUAUAUGCAAAGGCUAAAAUCCCACCAACAGAUAAAGUGUGCCUUUGGCUUGGGGCUAAUGUAAUGCUGGAGUAUAGUCUGGAUGAUGCACAAGCCUUGUUGGAGAAGAAUUUGUCUAUGGCAAAUAAUAGCUUGAAUCAACUUGAAGAAGACCUUAGCUUUUUAAGAGACCAGAUCACCACCCUAGAAGUUAAUAUGGCUCGUGUUUAUAAUUGGGAUGUAAAAAGACGACAAAGUAACAAAGAGAUAAAGACUUAAUAUCAGACACAGUGUUUCUAAUGUGUUUUGAUUUUGCUUUUGUUUUCAAGCCUGUCUUCUCUUUCCUCCUCUCAAUGUGUUUUCUUGUACUGAUAAGUGAUAAGGUCCCCUCAGAAAUGUUGAAAGCUCGAAAUGUUUAACAAGUGACAUAAAUAUAUACAUACAUACAUGCAUGCAUACAUACAUACACAUCAUAAUGAUAAAGGCUUUUGGAAUGAAAAUAUUGAGUCUGAUGGAUUGACCCUUUGAAAUAUCGCAGGUGAAAAAACUCACUGGCAAAGUCAUUUUUGUCUAUUUAAGCGCCACAUAUGGAAAUAUCAAUGUGUAGAUGGAAUGUUAGACAUAAAUGAAUAAAUAAAUAAAUAUCUUGUGAUAA